AGACUGAGAAAUAGAAAGCAAAAAAAAAAAAAAGGGGGAAUCUUUCAAUCUGUAGAGGAGGGGGAGGAAGCCAAGAAGACAAAGAAAAGAACAAUUUAAGAGCUGAGUUCUUUGUUGAUUUUUCAAUACAAUUCCUUCUAUCUUGGUUUAGUUGUAAAAAGCUUUUGAUUUUGCUGCUGAAUUUGACGACUUGGGUGUUUUUAGCUAUCUGUAUUGCGUGGAUUUGGUUUGUCUUCUCUCUUUUCCUUAUGGGUUUUUUCUGGGGAUAGCUUUAGGAUUAGUAAGAGGAAGUACACUAGUGAAUUGGGAUUCAGAAUGUCUUUCAAAAGCAGAGGGGAGCAGCUUCCUAGAAGUUCUGUGUCAAAAAAAUGGACCUUUCUGCUUUGUUUAGGCUGCUUCUGUGCUGGAAUGCUCUUCACCAGCAGGAGGUGGGCUGUUCCAGAAUCUAAAGGUAUGAUGCGAGCGACUGCUGCAGAAGCUGAAAAACUAAAACUCGUAUCUGAAGGCUGUAACCCAAAAAUUAAAGAAGUAAAACAAGUAUCUAAGGAUAUAAUUGGAGAAGUCUUUAGGACUCAUCAUGCUAUACAAACAUUGGAUAAGACUGUUUCGAACUUAGAGAUGGAAUUGGCUGCAGCAAGGGCAGCCCAAGAAUCUCAACUCAGCAGUUCUUCUUUAUCAGCAGAUAUGAAAAUGGAUAAAUCUUCUAGGAGAAAAAGAUAUCUGAUGGUUAUAGGGAUCAAUACAGCUUUUAGCAGCCGGAAAAGAAGAGAUUCAGUUCGUGCUACAUGGAUGCUACGAGGUGAAAAAAGAAAGAAACUGGAGGAGGAGAAGGGCAUUAUCAUUCGCUUUGUCAUUGGACAUAGUGCCACAACAGGUGGAAUUCUGGACCGAGCAAUUGAAGCAGAAGACAAGAAGCAUGGAGACUUUUUGAGGCUGGACCAUGUUGAAGGGUAUCUUGAAUUGUCUGCAAAGACAAAGAUAUAUUUUGCUAGUGCUGUUGCAUUGUGGGACGCAGAGUUUUAUGUAAAAGUUGAUGAUGAUGUUCACGUAAAUAUAGCAACGCUGGGAGAAACUCUAGUCCGACACCGAAAGAAACCACGGGUGUAUAUUGGCUGCAUGAAAUCUGGUCCUGUCCUUUCCCAAAAGGGAGUGAGAUACCAUGAACCUGAAUAUUGGAAAUUUGGUGAGCCAGGAAACAAGUACUUUCGGCAUGCAACUGGCCAACUGUAUGCCAUUUCAAAGGAUUUGGCAACUUACAUUUCAAUAAACCAGCAUGUUCUGCACAAGUAUGCUAAUGAGGAUGUUUCACUGGGAUCAUGGUUUAUUGGGCUUGACGUGCAGCAUAUUGAUGAUCGUAGAUUAUGUUGUGGCACUCCACCUGAUUGUGAAUGGAAAGCGCAGGCUGGCAACAUAUGUGUUGCUUCUUUUGAUUGGACCUGCAGUGGGAUUUGCCGGUCCGCAGAUAGGAUUAAAGAGGUGCAUCGUCGGUGUGGAGAAGGUGAAAAGGCUUUGUGGAGUGCUACUUUCUGAGGGGCAAUUUCAACUUCUUUCCAACUCAGGAAGAUGGCAAGGUAGAGUGUAGUUUUGUAUUGAGCAUAGAGAAUGCCACAACAUACAUCACGUAAGAUAAAGAGAUAAGAGAGCAGGAGAAAGCAAGCAUUGUUAUGUGGGAGGCCUUUUCAAUUUUAGUAGAAGGGAAUUACCACAAUAGGCAAGCGGAGAAAGAAGCAAAAAAGGCUGUCACCAUCACCCACAGACCACAUAUUCUUUUUGAUGCCUGGAAGGCCAACUUAAUAAACACAAACAGAAAUCUUAUUGUUGGAUUUCUCUGAUGCCUUUCUUGCACGGUUUAGAGGUAUCCAUUUUGCAAUUAUGAUAUGAUAGCUUUCAUCUUUAUCUUUGCUUGAUUUCAUAGUAAAACUAAAGAUUACUU